CGGCUGAGUCCCCGGUGAGGUUCAGAGUUCAAAUGUAAAUAACCGCACACAUGCCACGGACUUCAGGAUCUCCUCUUCUUUGAUCUGUUGCUCUUGCGCGCCUAGAUCUAGAAGCACAGACCGGGUCGCCACACAAGGGUCCAUGGCCAGACUGCCCCCCCGGGAGCCGGCGGUCGCCCCCGACGGAGGAUGGGGCUGGGUGGUGGUGGGGGCGCUGUUUGUGGCCUCAGCUCUGGUUUUCGGCCUCAUCCGCAGCCUGGGCAUCUUCUUCGUGGAGUUCGUGCGGCACUUUGAGGAGGGAGCACAGGCCGUGUCCUGGAUCACCUCCAUUGGUGUGGCCACGCAGCAGAUGAUGAGUCCAGUCGGCACAGCGCUGUGUAACGCCUACGAGGCCCGACCUGUGGUGAUGCUGGGCGGCCUGCUGGCCUCGCUGGGCUUGAUUCUGGCGUCGCAGGCCACGUCUCUCACCCACCUCUAUCUGACCAUGGGCCUCAUUUCCGGCUCCGGUUGGGCACUGGUCUUCACCCCCAUCGUGGGCUGCGUCAUGGCGUACUUCUCCUGCCGGCGCUCCUUGGCCAUGGCCCUGGGCUUCACUGGCGUGGGGGUCUCCUCCUUCGCCUUCUCACCCCUCUUCCAGCUGCUGGUGGAGGUCUACGCCUGGCGGGGGGCCCUGCUCAUCCUGGGAGGGCUCAGUCUGAACCUCAUAGCCUGCGGGGCUCUGCUCCGGCCCCUGAGCGGCGCUAAGGCCGUAGCACAGACCCCCGAUAACGAUGUGCCGGCGGUGGCCUCCUCACGCCCCUCCUUCUGCUCCCGGGUCUCUGCCUACCUGGAGCUGUCGCUGCUCCUCCAGAAGACCUUCUUGACGUAUGCGCUGGCUGUGACGCUCUUCAACGCUGGCUACUUCGUGCCUUACGUCCACCUGGUGGCGCACAGCCGGCACGCGGGCUUCUCCGAGUACCAAGCCGCCUUCGUCAUCUCGGCCACGGGCGUGUCGGACCUGGUGGGCCGCGUGGCGUCAGGCUGGACGUCCGACAUGGGCUACGUGCGGCUGCCACACCUGCUGUCGCUGUGGACGGGCCUCACGGGCCUCCUCAUGCUGCUGCUGCCGCUCUGUUCCUCCGGGGGCUCCUACCCCGGCCUGCUCCUCAUCAGCCUGGCCUACGGCUUCUGUGCUGGUGCCAUGACGCCCCUCGUCUUCUCAGUUGUGCCGGAGAUUGUGGGCGUGGGCCGCAUCCUGGGUGCCCUAGGGCUGCUGCAGCUCAUCGAGAGCAUGGGUGGGCUCCUCGGGCCGCCACUGUCAGGUUGGCUGAAGGACAAAACUGGCAGCUAUACAGCCUCCUUCCUGCUGGCAGGUGGCUUCCUCCUCACAGGGAUUCUAGUGCUGGCCGCUCUGCCGUCCUACUUCUCCUGCCGACCCCCAAAGCCCAAGCAUCAAAAACAGAACCAAAGCCUUGAGUCUGGACUGCUGGACCAUACUGGGACCCCCCCAGACCUGACCAAUAAACCUUAUAACUCGGGACCACCUCCCAUCUCAGAGCCACAUUCUGAGGACCCCCUGAUGGACCCGGGUCUAGAUCUCACAUCCAUGCGGACGUCUUCUUUAAGGGAAGAUCCCAAAUGCUGACCACGCUGCUUAGGAACACCUGAGAUGGGAGGAGCCAGCCCUUGCCCCUCCUCCUCAGGACAGCGAUGCUGACUGACGUGUCUCAAAGAUGAUCUUUCAGUACCAAAAAAAUCUUUCAGUAGACCAGCAGCUGAAAGUUUGUUAUUUCAGUUACCUCCAAAACAGCUUCUGGUUAAAACUGAGUAGUUUCAUCCUUGGGGAAGGAAAAUGAGGAAGGGAUCUUUAAUGUGACCGGGAAAGUACCUCUUUCCAUAGACAGGUUCCCUUUGAAUUCCUCCCUGUCUGGGAUGGAGCCUGUUUUCUGUACUUACUUUUAUUUUAAGAUUGAUCUGUCAUGGCCAAAGCGUUUGUAGGCCUGGAAUCCGUCUCUUCCCUAUAUUUUCAUAAGGUCACAUGAUAGCAUGCGCUUCCCGUCCCCAGUCAGCUGCUACAGAUGUGAUCAUUUCUCUGAAGAUGUCCUCGAGUGUCAGAGGAACAGAGAAUGUUCGAGCGCUUCCUGUUUACUGAAGCAUAUAUCUUCUGUAUCAGAAAAUCACGUCAAGGCGUCCAUCGCCAUGCAGCUGCGUGCCUGUGACCUUCUUGACCUUGCCGUGUGUCGGCAGCCAGCCAGGGUCCAGUGAAUGGCAGGGUCCAGUGAAUGGCUGUUUAAACGGGAGCUGAAAGUCAAGCACUCGCUGAACUACAGGAAUUCUGAUGUGUUUUUUCAGCCUGUUUAUAGGGACGUUGUCUGAGCUGUGAUCAAGCCAAUAGACAAGUAGGCAGACAGACAGAUUGCAGACAGACAGACUGCAAGCAGGCAAACAGACUGCAGACAGGCAGGCAGACAGACUGCAGACAGGACUCUGGAUACUGCCUGACAGAACAAAGGCAUCCCCAUGCCCUUGAGAGCAGUCUGUAGACCCUGAUGAUCUUCUCCUCCAUGCGGUUCCUCAUGCCCAGGAAGCAGUGCUCAGCCUGACUAUUAUAACAGCUGCCAUCCAUCAGUCUGUAAACCACAGCUGCCUUUUGUCACCGCUCUUCAUUUUGUACGUUUCCUACCGUUUUUCACCUCUUGACGCGGCUUUUUGCUGUCCUGCCUUACCGUUCACUGAUGAUUAUCUUUUCCAAAAUAAAGUCUUAUGCAAUAAAAUCUAAAAUCCA